UCAAAUGUACAUGAUACCGCGCGCAAGUGCCGCGCAUAGAGGUGGUACGACGUUUGGACGAGAAUAUUUAGUCUCAACAUGACAUCUCAUGAUUUUCUUUACCACUUUUCUGGAUUGCAGAUCUUCCUCUAGCCCCAUCAAGGAAACGGGACUUCCCCAAAAUCUUCAAGCAGAAAUAUCCUGAUUCUAAUACAAGCUUACUUGUUGCGCGGCACUAAGUUCUAGUUCGCGUUGAAGUUGCCUUUACAAUGUGAUUCCUGGCUUUUUGUGGUACGAGAUAGGAGUUCGUAUUUUUGACUCUAUCCUAAAAAUCAUGCUUUGUCGCUUUUGAUAGAACUCUAUUCUAAAUUGGUCUGGCCCGGAUUCUAUGAUCGUCAUCCCGCCUCGCCCGCAUCAUUCUGACUCCACCCCCACAUGUAUUCUAGCUUCCCUUUCUGUGGGAAGAUCUCGGCAUUUGGAUUAGGCGCAAAAUGGUCUUGGAAUUUUACGAUUCGAACGGUGCUAUGGCGGUUCUUCAAUCCUCUUGAGUAUAUAUACUUUGUAUUCCUUAUUCCAGCAAGAACGGUUUCCGUUUUCACACACCACCUUGAAGUUCCUAGAUACACAAAUUCCAGUUCCUCGUCUCUUCUAUAUACUAUUCAUAAUAUAAAUAAUCAAAAUGCCUACCGUCCACGCUAAAACCGAUCCAGCGAUCCUCUCCCAAUUCGAAAAAGACAUCAAAGACGUCCAUCUCAUUUACGACUACGCAGCUCAGGACGCGAACGGAAAUCCCGAAAAAUGGAAAUAUGAAAUGUACUUCGCCCACCCUACCCUUAUAAUCUACGCCAUCCACGGGGGGCCCAUGGCCGGUCGCGUCAACUACCAACGCUGUUCCUUCCAGUGCAUCCGUCCCGGUGCUCUCUGGCAAUGCAACUGGCUUGAAGAAACCGGAACAAUAUGUUCUCUCGUCUACGAUAUCCCGAAUAAGAAAAUCAGUACCUUACUUGCGUUUUCGCAAGGACAUUGGGAAAAUGCAAAGGAAGCACAUGGAGAUAAGCGAAACUCGGAGGAUUUCGAACGGUGGAGAAAACUGGGAAAGAUCGGAGGACCAACGGAUAGAUAUAUGUUGAAUGAGCAGGCGGAUAUUCUGGAGGUCUUUAAGGGGAAGGGGGAUUUGGAGUGGGUGGAGGAAGAUGUGGAGACUAUGUGAAGAGUUGAGCAGGUGCAUAUCUUCACUUUGAUGGGUGUGAAAGUCAGAAACUAGUGUUGGUGUCUUGUUCGUUGAAAUUAUUUCAACGGCGAUUUUGUGUGUGAUUAUAAACAUUGUGAAUACCUAGUAUAGUCGGGACCACGAUUUACAUAGAUAAUGUCCAAAAUUUGUAAGAACAUCAGUGU